AUGGCCUCUACUGGUCAAUUUUCGGAUACACAAAGCCUUGUUGCCCUAGUCAAGACAUUGACCAAUGCGCAACUUAAGGAUAUACUCAGGAACGAAGGACUUGCUGUCUCAGGAGUGAAAGCUUCGUUGCAGCUACGGAUCAUUGACUACAUUGAGAGACUCAACCAAGGAGGCCAUGUUGAACAGUAUGAUGACCUGAGAAAAUUUAUCUAUGCUACGGCACGUCGGCCAAUACCUAUGUCUCCAACCACACAAGCAGUCCCCGGCCAACACUAUCAACCACAUACCGUCAACCAACCUUUGCACACGCAGCAUAGACCAUCACCUUUGAGCAUACCAAUGCCACCACAUGGACAAACAUCUGUUCGCGAACAAACUAGGGACAGCGUGGAACUCAAAGUUAUCCUCACACCAACCGUAGCGGCUAGGCUACAAGCGGAUCCCAACAUUCGGGUGAUGGUGUAUUGUGCUGCAGACACUGGUCUUAAUCAGUAUACCAAAUCCGACAUCGCAUUUCCUCACCAAGUCGAACUAAAGGCCAACCUGGAUGAAGUGAAAGCCAACUUGAGAGGCUUGAAAAAUAAGCCCGGUACAACAAGGCCAGCAGAUGUAACGCAAUAUAUUCGCAAGAAACCAGGCUACCCGAAUAAUAUUGUCUUGACAUACGCCCUUACGCAAAAGCGCUUUUUUGUUCUGGUCAACCUUGUCCAGCGACAUCCAGUCGAAGAGCUUGUUGACGAAUUGAAAAGGAGGAAGACAAUCUCGAAGGAGCAGGUCUUACGAGAGAUGAGAAGUAAAGCUGGCGAUUCAGAUAUUGUCGCCACGUCCAGUGUUAUGUCGCUCAAGUGCCCUUUAUCGACGCUCCGAAUAGAGGUUCCCUGUCGUUCUGUAAUCUGCACACACAAUCAGUGUUUUGACGCAUCUUCGUUCUUGCAACUCCAAGAACAAGCCCCAACUUGGUCGUGUCCUGUCUGUUCUAAAGCGACGAGUUUUGAAUCGUUGCAGAUUGACCAGUACGUCGAUGAUAUACUUCGUUCAACUUCUCUAGAUGUUGAACAAGUUAUCAUAGAGCCAGAUGGUCGAUGGUCUAGCCCUACUCAGGAAGACUCUGCCAAAGUGGGCGGAUAUACUCCGGCGACAGAUGAUGACGACGAGUUGAUAGAAAUAAGGGAACCCGGGGUUACGCCCAUCAAGCGAGAGUCCUUCCCACCGCCAUCUUUCUUCGUACACCAAACACCUACUCAGUCCCGAGAACCCUCAGCGACAUCGUCUGCAGCUUAUUUGUCGACAAACAAGCGUAAUGCUGCCCAGGUGAUCGACCUUACGGGAAGUGACGAGGAGGAUGACGCUCCAGUCAGACCUGUAAAACGGCCAGCGUUUAACCAGAUGAACCGACCCUCGUCUCAGCAGGAUUUCUGCAACCCUUACAGCGGUGGCUAUGCCAACGGAGACAUUCAACUACCCAGCCAGCCUAGUUCUGAUUUUCUUAAUCAUGCUGGCUCCUCCACAACUGUGGUCACUUUAACACCUUUUACAAUGUCGUUGGAUACACCAGCUUCAUCCCUCAGUGCUUCAGAUCCUCACGCGCGGCUCCUGGGUGCCUCUUGUCUUGAUUUCCUCCUGAUAGAGCUCGUCCCCAUGGCGGAGCGCUUAGCGAAAGAACUUGCGUCAGAAGAGAAGCUACCAGAUGAUGAAGAAAUCCGGGAAACUACAUUCUUUCGCCUCGAAUCUCUAGGUUACAGGGUUGGACAAGGGUUGGCUGAACGCAGAUUCUCGCGCGAUCGCCCACGAUUUGCAGAUAACCUAGACAUCAUAAAGUUCCUGUGCAAGGACUUAUGGACGAUACUCUUUAAAAAGCAGGUGGAUAACCUGAAAACGAAUCACCGGGGCGUGUAUGUCUUGACUGAUAACUCUUUUCGACCAUUUGCAAGGAUGAGUACGUCUGUUCGAAGUGAGGCGGUAUCUAUGGCCCAAGCGUAUCUAUGGUUUCCAUGCGGUGUUAUUCGCGGUGCUCUAUCAAACCUUGGUAUUACAACCACAGUUCAAGCGGAAUCUACAGAGCUUCCAGGCGCAACCUUCCAAAUCAAAACCGUCAACCCCAAGCCCUGA